AUGAGAGCUCAGAGGCACAGUGAACCUGAGAAAAGCGCAAAGGACAUCUCAUUGCCAACAUCAACAACUGACUUUCUUCUGUUUUGUACAGCGAUGUUUGAGGCUCUUUACGGGAAAAAGGCGGCUGCCCUCUACACUCAGGCUGGCGACUACCAGAAGACCGCCAGGUUCUACUACAAGAAGGCAGAGGACACCUACUACCAGGCUAACAACUGGGCUGCCUAUGACGACUGGAGACGCGCUCGCGACCAGUGGGACUACUUCUACUCCCGCAACAGGUAA